CUUGUCCGUCCACGUGGCUUGUGGAUCAGAGACCGACGACGGUGUCGUCUCGUCCGCCCUCCGUCCCUCCCUCACCACGUCCAACGUAACCGACUCACGAGGAGGUACUGCGAAGAAGAACUCUUCUCCUCCUCCUCCUCCUCCUCCUCGCCCUGACGAGCUCCGACCCACACCAAUGGCCCUUAUUCUCCAACUCCCCCCCUCCUCUUGCUGCGGCCCCUUCCGCGAGAGGAGCGAUCGGCUCGCCGCCCUCUCCUCCCCUUGGAUUCGCGUCGGUGGAUCGCUCGGUCGGGUCGCGACUGUCUCGGCCGCCGCUAACAAGGGGACCGCGCCACGGGACCUCGUUAGGAUCUCGGCUAUGGCGGAUCAGACUCUGUACAAGAUGAAUCUGAACGAGUACAUGGUCACCCUCGAGAAGCCUUUGGGCAUUCGCUUCGCGCUCUCCGUGGACGGGAGGAUCUUCGUCCACUCGCUCAAGAAAGGGGGAAAUGCAGAAAAAUCAAGAAUAGUGAUGGUUGGUGACGCAUUAAAGAAGGCAAGUAACGUGUCAAGUGGUGGUUUCAUUGACAUAAAGGACUUAAGGGAUGCAGAGACGAUGCUCAAGGACAUUGCAGGAUUAUUUAGUCUUGUACUUGAAAGACCAUUCUCUCCUUAUCCAAUUCAACAAUUACAUUUAAGUGGUGUUUACCAUACUUUGUUUAAUAGAGGCCGGGUUGCUUUUGCCACUUGGAAUAGGAACGUCCUGGCAACAGAUCUUCAGCCAGGUUCUGAGGGAAGUGGAGAAUCCGGGUUUACCAUAUUUUCUCCUAAGUUUCUGAAGUCAGAGGGGUGGAUGCUUCUGGCAAAUGAAGGCUCUGUUGAUUCCCCAGUACAGAGCAAUAGGAGCAUAUUAGCUAAACGUACACAUGAGAUUGUAAGUAUUUUUUCUGAAGAAGAGAGCGAAGAUGUUGAAUGGGCCUACGGUAGCUUUCCUCUGGAGGAGUAUAUCAAAGCACUGGAUCGAGCAAAAGGCGAGUUAUACUAUAACCACUCACUUGGCAUGCAGUAUAGCAAGAUCACUGAGCAGAUCUAUGUUGGUUCAUGCAUACAAACAGAAAAGGAUGUGCAGACAUUGUCAGAUGCUGUGGGUAUCACUGCUGUUCUAAAUUUCCAGAGUGAAAGCGAACGUGCCAAUUGGGGAAUCAAUUCAGAAUCCAUAAAUGAUGCUUGUUGUCAAAACAAUAUUCUGAUGGUUAACUAUCCAAUAAGAGAAGUGGACUCCCUAGACUUGCGAAAGAAACUUCCAUUCUGUGUAGGACUUCUGCUACGACUUCUGAGGAAAAACUUCCGAAUAUUUGUGACAUGUACAACUGGAUUUGAUAGAUCCCCUGCCUGCGUUAUUGCCUAUCUACACUGGAUUCAAGAUACUGCUCUUCAUGCUGCACACAAUUUUGUCACUGGCUUGCAUUCAUGUAGACCUGACAGAGCAGCAAUUGUCUGGGCCACAUGGGAUCUUAUUGCUAUGGUAGAAAACGGAAAGCAUGAUGGACCUCCAACACAUGCUGUCAACUUUGUGUGGAGCAAUGGUUGUCGAGAGGGUGAUGAGGUAUUUUUGGUUGGAGAUUUCACAAACAAUUGGAAAGAACCCAUCAAGGCUGUUCAUAAGGGUGGAUCAAAAUUUGAAGCUGAACUUAGACUACGGCAUGGGAAAUAUAAUUAUAAGUUCAUCAUUAAUGGGCAAUGGAGGCACUCGCCAGCAUUGCCUGCUGAGUCAGACGAAUGCGGGAAUGUUAACAACGUUAUCGGGGUUGGUGAUAUCGCUAGGAUUAGACCUUCUCCUUCUCACCUACAAAUAAAGGAUCCUACGGUUGUGAAGGUAAUCGAGAGACCAUUAACAGAAGAUGAACGCUUCAUGUUGGCCUUUGCAGCACGCCGGAUUGCAUUCUCCAUCUGCCCUAUCAGACUUGCUCCCAAGUAAAUACUUCGGCUCCUAUGGUGACCACAUGUUAUCUUCCAGCCAGCCGUUCGAUCGGUGGUUGUACAUACACACAUUUGGCACCUUAAAGAAGCAGCAUCGAGUACUUUUAGCACCAUAUAAAUCGUCGUUUGUUGUAUAUUCAUGUAUGAUCGUAUAGAACCAAUUAAGCCAUGUUACCCACUGGCAUAGAAAACCACGUUCGAUGGAAUCCAGCUUUAAUUUCUUGAAA